AAUUGCAGUUCUGGCAUGUUACGUUUUUGUGCCUCUAUUUUGAAGAGCCCACUCUUAUUCUGUUCCUUCCUUUAUUGCUGAUACUUGACUUCCUGCUGCCGUACUGUCUGACUUCAACAGCAUACUCACGUUACUCCAGGACUGGUAAAACAUGCUGACAAAGAUAUAUUUCUCAUAUUCUGUGUGAACAUUUGUGAGAGGUUAUUUUAUUGUGCCUCGUGUUUGUGUUGUUUAUAUGUCACAUUUAAGGAGAGUCACUCCGAGCUGUGUGUGGAAGCUAAGCUAACUAGCGGAGCAAAAAAAGCGGAGACUAAUGGUUUUAUUUAUUGUAAAACAAGUGGUUCAUUUCAUUUAAAACAAACGGGAAAUAUGGCAUUUGUAUUUUCUGUCCAGCUUCAUAGUUUUCACGGUGUCAAAAUUGUGAGGAGAAAAGGAGGAGAGAAUUAAAGUUGCACCAGUCGAAGCUCUCUGCAUCUUGUGUCAUUAAUCCAAGUGGGCCGCUACAGUGAAAACUCCUGGCUGCAACCAGUGACAACUUCUGGCUGCAACAGACCUGCCAUCCCUGCAGAGAAGCUGACGCCAUCUCAUCCGAGAUCCAGCUACCAACCUGUUACCAGCCAACUGACUCCAUUUGCACCCACAUCCUGCACAGGCAAGAUUAAAAGGACAGCACGCUAAAGGAAUUACCUGAAGUUCCUCUGGUGGACAGGCAGAGAUUUGGAGAAGGAACCACAGGAGUAUAGGAUGGCGGUUCAUCUCUUCGGAGCCGCUUCGUCUCCAGGAUGUGCCAAUUUUGGUUUAAAGCAUCUAGCACGACAACACAAGGCUAGCUAUCCCCUAGCAUCAAUAUUUGUGGAGAAACAUUUUUAUGUUGAUGAUGGGUUAGUUAACGUCCCAUCAAUUGAUGAGGCCAAGAAACUGAUCACUGAGUCGCAAGAGUUGUGCAAAAGAGGAGGCUUGCGCCUUCACAAAUUCAACUCAAAUGAAGAAGCAGCGCUCACUUGCUUAGACCCCUCUGAAAAAGCAACAAACAUUGAUCCUCUAGUCUUUGAUCCAACCCCAUCAGAACAUGCUCUCGGCAUUCAAUGGUCGAUAAAAAAUGACACUUUCAGCUUUAACAUCAGCUUGAAGGAUCAGCCUGUCGUCGCCUCUCUCUACGAUCCACUUGGAUUCAUUGCGUCAUUCAGCCUACGUGGAAGACGUAUCCUUCAAAACCUUUGUCACAGAGGCAUCGGAUGGGAUGACCCACUCCCAGAUGAUAUUAAGCCACGGUGGGAGGAAUGGAUAAAUGGUCUUCUGAAGUUGAAAGAGGUGUCAAUUCCAAGAUGUUACCACCCACAUGACUUUCAUGACAUUGUCAGAGUAGAGUUACACCAUUUUUCCGACGCCAGCUGCGUGGGAUAUGGUGCAUGUUCUUACCUCAGGUACAAAAAUGACAAAGAUGAAGUCCAUUGCAGUCUCGUGAUAGCGAAAGCAAGGGUCGCUCCCUCAAAAGUCACAAGUUCCCGAGACUAGAACUUGCAGCAGCGGUGGUUUCUGCAAAAGUAAGUGUCAUGUUAAAGGGUGAGCUUGACAUGAAAAUUGAUCAAGAAAUUUUCUGGACUGAUUCACAAGUCGUGAUUGGGUACAUCAACAAUGAUGCUCGUAGGUUCCACAUAUACGUUGCAAACCGUGCUCAAUUGAUUAGAAAUAAUAGUGAUCCCAGUCAAUGGUAUUAUGUGGACACCUCAGAAAACCCAGCCGAUCACGCAUCCCGAGGUCUCCAUGCUUCAGAUAUUCACUCAACAAACUGGCUGCGAGGACCGAAGUUUCUCUGGGAAAGUGAAUUACAUCUAACACCCAGCACUCCAACAGACUUACUUGUGGGUGAUCCCGAAGUCAAGACAAUUCAGGUGCUUGCAACCAAAGCAAAUAACUGCGACGACAUCCUUAGGCGUCUGAGUCAGUUUUCCUCAUGGACAAGACUCGUAAAGGUGGUUGCAAGAAUCAAGAGGCUGGGGUGUAAACAAAACCAGCACAGUGAACAUGUAACUGUCGAGGAGUGUGAGAAGGCCGCUGAGAAAGUGAUUAAGAUUGUACAGCAGCAAGCCUUCCCCCAAGAGAUAAAGAUGCUUCAAGGUGAAAAAUGCCUUCCAAACUCAAGCUCUCUCUUCAGUCUGGAUCCCAUCUGGUCUGAAGGACUGCUCCGUGUUGGUGGGAGAUUAAAACAAUCAUCUCUCUGUCACAAAGUGAAGCAUCCAGUCAUCUUACCAAACAACAGUCACAUAUCUAAGCUGAUUGUGUCCCACUACCACGCCAAGAUAUGCCAUCAAGGUCGAAGCCAGACACAAAUGGAGCUUAGGAGCAAUGGAUUCUGGGUCAUUGGUGGGAGCAAGCUGGUUGCCAAGUUGAUACGCACCUGUGUGCUUUGCAGGAAACUUCGACGGCCGACAGAGAGUCAGCGGAUGGCUGAACUCCCUAAAGAACGUCUUGAAGCCUCAGCACCGUUCACGUACAGCGGCAUGGACUGUUUUGGACCGUUUAUUGUAAAGAAAGCCCGCAAAGAAUACAAAAGAUAUGGACUCAUCUUCACAUGUUUGUACUGUAGAGCUGUCCAUAUUGAGAUGCUUGAAGAUUUGUCGACAGACUCAUUCAUUAACGCUUUGAGAUGCUUUAUCAGUCUGAGAGGAGCUGUCAGACAACUACACUGCGACCAAGGUUCUAACUUCAUUGGCGCCAGAAAUGAGUUUAAGGAAGCACUUAAACAAUGUGACACCAAACUACUGGAAAUCUUCCUGACUGAAAGGCAGUGCGAAUUUGUAUUCAACGCCCCCUCUGCCAGCCAUGCAGGCGGUGUCUGGGAACGGCAAAUCAGAACCGUUAGGAAUGUACUGAAUGCCACCUUCGCACAGUGCCCGGGUCGCUUUGAUGACGCCUCUCUUAGAACACUGUUAUAUGAGGCUAUGGCUAUUGUGAACAGCCGCCCAUUAACAGUAGAUGGAAUCAAUGAUCCACAGGCCCUGGAACCUUUAACACCGAAUCAACUCAUCAUGAUGAAAUCUAAAGUUGCUCUUCCUCCCCCGGGAGAAUUUGUGAAGGAGGAUUUGUACGCUACAAAGAGAUGGAGAAGAGUUCAAUACCUCAUCGAACAAUUCUGGGGUCGUUGGAAAAAGGAAUAUUUGCUCAACAUAUCCACAAGACAGAAAUGGCACUUACCUCAGCGCAACCUCAGAGUCAACGACAUUGUCAUCAUUAAAGACGACAACCUCCCGAGAAAUCAUUGGCAACUAGGACGAGUGGUGGAGACUGUUCAAGACAGAGAUAGCUUAGUCCGUCGAGUCAAAGUACAAGUCGGAGAGCGAAAGCCUCAAAGAAAACAAGAUCCCCCCUCUAAACCUUCAGUUAUUGAGAGACCAAUCCAAAAAUUAGUGCUUCUCCUUGAGAAUUGAUCAGAACAAACAGACUGACAAUUGUUUAUCGUGUACGAUUACAGUACAGUUCACAUACCACUGAUAGUUAAAUGUGAAGUUACUCAUUUAUCACAGUCAAGAAAAAUCCUGUACAUUUCAUUUGCUCUGUGUAUUUUGUUCAUUCCUUGUAUCAGGAUUUGGUGGGAGUGUAAAUGGCAGCAAAUUUUGUUCAGGAGAUAAUUGCAGUUCUGGCAUGUUACGUUUUUGUGCCUCUAUUUUGAAGAGCCCACUCUUAUUCUGUUACUUCCUUUAUUGCUGAUACUUGACUUCCUGCUGCCGUUCUGUCUGACUUCAACAGCAUACUCACGUUACUCCAGGACUGGUAAAACAUGCUGACAAAGAUAUAUUUCUCAUAUUCUGUGUGAACAUUUGUGAGAGGUUAUUUUAUUGUGCCUCGUGUUUGUGUUGUGUAUAUGUCACAUUUAAGGAGAGUCACUCCGAGCUGUGUGUGGAAGCUAAGCUAACUAGCGGAGCAAACUUAGCGCCCUUGGAAGCGGAAGGAGGUAGGAGGAGACUAAUGGUUUUAUUUAUUGUAAAACAAGUGGUUCAUUUCAUUUAAAACAAACGGGAAAUAUGGCAUUUGUAUUUUCUGUCCAUCUUCAUAGUUUUCACGGUGUCAAAAUUGUGAGGAGAAAAGGAGGAGAGAAUUAAAGUUGCACCAGUCGAAGCUCUCUGCAUCUUGUGUCAUUAAUCCAAGUGGGCCGCUACAGUGUGUCCUUUGUAGGUAAAAGUGAUUGCCAUUUCUUUUGUGUCAACAAAUUAUUGUCAUAAUGAGUUAAUUUACAUUAUCAUAGGCUUGGAAGACAUGAAAAGCAACAAAACACUGGUUUAUUAUUAGGCUAUUUAUUGUUAAAGAUAAGCACUUUAAUAUUGAACAUUGAACAGUGCAACAUGAACUUUGAAAAAAAAAUACAAAAAUAAAUACUCAAAUGGAAAAAAACUUCAAUGAGAAAAUCUGUCCUUCUUCCCUUAACUUGAUGAAAACACCAUCAAGUUGUAAUUUAUGGUCUUUCUCACUUAAUGCUCAGACUAAACAACUGAAACGCAAUACAGGGCCAAAAAUAUGGACCAGGGGCAGAGGUGGGUAGAGUAGCCAGAAAUUGUACUCAAGUAAGAGUACUGUUACUUUAGAGAUUUAUUACUCAAGUAAAAGUAAGGAGUAGUCACCCAAAUAUUUACUUGAGUAAAA